AUGGGUGAUGUCGUGGCUGAUGCUUUGGAGCAGCUCUCCGCUGACCAAAUCGAGCAAUUCAGAAAGUACUUCAACAUGUUCGAUAAGGAGGGAAAGGGAUACAUUCGUGCCACCCAGGUCGGACAAAUCCUCCGUACCAUGGGACAAGCUUUCGAGGAGCGUGAUUUGAAGCAACUCAUCAAGGAGUUCGACGCUGACGGUUCCGGAGAGAUUGAAUUCGAAGAAUUCGCUGCUAUGGUUGCCAACUUCGUUGUCAACAAUGAGAACGACGAGGGACUCGAAGAAGAACUCCGUGAGGCUUUCCGUCUCUACGAUAAAGAGGGAAAUGGGUACAUAAACGUCUCCGAUCUCCGUGACAUUCUCCGUGCUCUUGAUGAUAACGUCUCCGAGGAAGAACUCGAUGAAAUGAUCGCCGAAAUUGACGCUGACGGUUCAGGAACUGUCGAUUUCGACGAAUUCAUGGAGAUGAUGUCUGGAGAAUAA